CGUCGCCGCGAGGGCUUUCCAGGAGAGCGACGCCGUGGCCCGGAAAAUGGCGGCGCCCAUUCUGAGCGCUGCGCUGCAUGGACUACGGAAUGCUAGGUCUUUUAGUACUUCUGCUGUUCUCUGGAAAGUGGGAGUACCUCUCGGGCCAAUGCCUAAUGAAGAUAUUGAUGUUAGUAAAUUGGAGGUGCUAGAAAAGUACCGUGUCUUCACUCGCUACUUCAAGGAAGCAGAGAAAGCACAAAAGAAACCUCAGUGGUGGAAAACCUACAGGCCAUAUGUCACUCCAAAGCAAGAUGAAGAGGCAAAGAUCGACAUUGGGCUACCUUAUUCUCUGCCACCAUGGAAAAAAACACUUAAGGAGAGAAAAGCUAUAAUGAAACAGAAUCGAGUGGAAUUGGAAAGAGCAUCCCGCCUACGGAAAUUGUUGAUUCCCCUUGAUGAUGUAAGAGCUGAAUGGGAGAGAACCUUUGGCCCAUCCCACAGGCAGCGAGUGGCAGAAUACUAUGGACUGUACCGGGACUUGUUUGAUGAUGCCUUCUUUGUUCCCCAAGUUCCUUUAAGGGUGGAAUACAAUCAGGAUGAUGAAUACGUUAUGCCAGUUUAUCAUGGGAAUAUGGUGACACCCACAGAGGCUUUUAACCCUCCCAGAGUCUCAUUUGAAGCGGAUGAAGGAUCCUUAUGGACUCUGCUGCUCACCAACCUAGAUGGGCACCUGCGUGAUGCCGAUUCAGAGUAUCUCCACUGGCUGGUGACAAACAUUCCAGGAAACAAAAUGGAGAUGGGCAAGGAGAUUUGCCAUUACUUCCCCGCAUUCCCCGCCAGAGGAACUGGAUACCAUCGCUUCGUCUUCCUUCUCUUCAAGCAGCUCCAUCCCAUUGAUUUCACUGAAGAUGAGCGGCCCGUGCCAUGCCACAGUCUCCAGAUGAGAACGUUCAAGACGUUCGACUUCUACAAGAAGCAUCAGAGUGACAUGACACCUGCAGGACUGGCAUUUUUCCAAUGCCAGUGGGAUGAUUCAGUUACACGGGUCUUUCACCACCUUCUCGACAUGAAGGAGCCUGUGUUUGAUUUUGUGCGUCCCCCUAAAUAUCACCCACCGCAGAAGUUGUUUCCACACCUCCAGCCUCUGAGGUACCUGGACAGAUACAGGGACAGUGAUGAGCCUACCUAUGGCAUUUAUUGAAAUGUCUUGAUACUCCGCUUGCCAACGGGACCCUGGACUGAGUAGCCAUGGUGCAACAAAGAACCCUCCCAAGCAGUUCAUGUCUCUGAUUGGAAAAUGGAAAUAUAAGAGGCAGCUGGAUUUGAUUUGAAUCAUCACUUUUAUUCACUUAAAAGAGAGAGGUGCAGCUUGCAUCUAUCUUCUCUAUAUCUUGGAGACUCUGUCUUUGCGAUGAAGAAGCAGGCAAGCUGUGUCCAGAGGUCCAGGGCUAUUCAGAAGCUUGAGUUUCUGCCUCACUUUCUCAGGAGCCAGAUGCCGUCCAUCAAAUGUUCCGAGCAAAACAGUCUUCUUUCUCUCUCAUCAACUGCUGGGCCAUUUCAGCAAAAUAGCCUCACCUGAAUGGGAUCAGAUAAUGCAUGAAAUAUUGCAAAGCAUUGAGUUGUUACUGAAACACUGGACCUUGUUCUGUCUUUAAAGUAUGAAUAAACAUUCUUUUAAAUUCA